GUUGUGGCGGUGAGGAAGAGGAAGCCCUGAAGGGUCAAAAGGAAUACAAAAGCAAAGGCUAUUUUCUUUCUUUUCUUUUUUUCUUUCCUUUUUUUUUUUUUUUUUUGUCCUAAAGAGCGAGCGGUCUUAGCGGUGGCGGUUUGGGGUGGGCGCCGCCGAGGUGAGGGGGUUUCGCCUCCCGCACGCUGGUAGGUGUAAAUGUGGAGAACUACUCGUUCAGAGAAGUGGUUCUUAAUCUAGUAAAAAACAAGAUCAUCUGCGGCCCGUUUAAAUGCGGAUUCUCCGACCCUACCCCCAGAUUGUCUGACUGAGUAGGUCUGGAGUUGGGACCCAGGGAAGCCAAGUGCGGGCCUGGUGGUCAGAAUUCCUAAUGACCUCUUGUGUACCAGCUGUGAGGGAUUGAGCUGAGAUAAAGGCAACUUUUACAGUCUUUCAAAUAGAGCAUGAGAAGAGCUGUUAACAGUUUAUACGGGUCUGAAAGCAGAGGCUGGCCAAUUAUUUUUCCCAGCUGAAGCGUUGGUGCCUUAAUCCCUUACAACCAGGAGGAACUAUGUCAUGACCAUUUACCUGGUUAGCAGUCUUCCCUUUCUCCUUCUAAGAAUCUUGAUGUUUGGUUAGAGUUAAGCCGCUGCCUCAGAUACUGAAAACCACAUAGCUGACCAAUUGUUCCAUUAUGGAUGGAGGGGAUGAUGGUAAUCUUGUUAUCAAAAAAAGGUUUGUAUCCGAGGCAGAACUAGAUGAACGGCGCAAAAGGAGGCAAGAAGAAUGGGAGAAAGUUCGAAAACCUGAAGAUCCAGAAGAAUGUCCAGAGGAGGUUUAUGACCCUCGGUCUCUAUAUGAAAGGCUACAGGAACAGAAAGACAGGAAGCAGCAGGAGUAUGAGGAGCAGUUCAAAUUCAAAAACAUGGUAAGAGGCUUAGACGAAGAUGAGACUAACUUCCUUGAUGAGGUUUCUCGACAGCAGGAACUCCUGGAAAAGCAACGAAGAGAAGAAGAACUGAAAGAACUGAAAGAAUACAGAAGUAAUCUCAACAAAGUUGGAAUUUCUCCAGAAAACAAGAAGGAGGUGGAGAAGAAAGUGGCUGUGAAACCCAUAGAAACCAAGAACAAGUUCUCCCAGGCAAAGCUGUUGGCAGGAGCUGUGAAACAUAAGAGCUCAGAGAGUGGCAACAGUGUGAAAAGACUGAAAUCGGACCCUGACCCCGAUGACAAGAGUCAAGAAGCCCCGUCCUGCAUGUCUCUCGGCAGCACGUCCCUGAGCGCCCCUUCCAUCCACUGCCCCUCCGCUGCAGUCUGCAUCGGCAUCCUCCCGGGCUUGGGCGCCUACUCCGGGAGCAGCGACUCCGAGUCCAGCUCUGACAGCGAAGGCACGAUCAACGCCACCGGCAAGAUCGUCUCCUCCAUCUUCCGAACCAACACGUUCCUUGAGGCUCCGUAGCUCCUGUGUCCCCCCCUCCUCUCCGCCCCGACCCCGCCAGAGCUCCUGCCCAAGAGUAGGCUGGACGGUUUGUUCCAACUCCGGGCACCACCUCCCCCAGAACUCCUUUGCCCGCUUCCUGUGCACACCGUGACAUUCUUAACCUCAUCUAAAAAUGUGCCAGAAUUCACUUGUGGCCCAACUUGUGUUUGGUUUCUCUUUCCACUCCAGUGCAGAUGUCCAACCCUGUCCUGCUGCCUCUUUCCUCGCUGCCGUGGUGGGGAGGGGGCUGCGGCUCCACGGAGAUUCCCCUGAAAAUGCCCUGGGAAGAUAGGCACCCGCUGGGGUGCAGUGUUUGGAUGCCGUUGCUUUCUUGUUUUCUUCUUUGUUUCCUUUCCUGACAGCACAGGAAGCAAGGGCAGUUAUGGGACAGGUAUCAUUUAAACCUCUCUUCCAGCAGAACACACCAUGUGGUUGUACUGCGUGGUGGCUCAUGUUGGGGGGCUGGGGGGAGGAGGGCCCCAGGUGAUGGACUGCUGCACUCCCUUGGAACUAACCGAUUCUUGAUGUUGUGUGACUAAGUAAAGAUUAUAAACUACA